AUAUGAACCAUUUAUUGUUAACCAGCAAUAUUCACAUGGACAAAAAUGUAACACAGACAUAAAUCCAAGGACUAUUCAUGCAACCUACCCACAAUCACAUGUUCACUUAAUGGCAAUCAUAAGCUCUCCACAGGGGGCCAAAUAUCAACCCUUCAUCACAUAUCAUCUUCACAACAACUGCUCAAUUCCCACUUGCCAUGUCAGCAAAGUUAUCACCCACGUGGCAACCUACCAUUGGCCAACCCAUUAUGGCCUCAAAAUGCAUAUCACAAGUGACACCAAGUAGAAGUAUAAAACAGUGAACCCAAACACAUAAUGAGUGGUGCUUAAUUCAAAAGGAUAGAAGUUGAGUUCAUUCAUUGAAUCCAAUUAUGGCCUCAGCUUCUCUUUUCAAGCCAUCUGCAGCAACUGUUCUUGAUAAGUCUGACUGGGUCAAGGGCCAGACGCUUCGACAAGCCAACGUGUCUGCGGUCCGGUUCAACGCGGCUGCACCCUCAGCACUUACUGUCCGUGCAAGUUCUUAUGCCGAUGAGCUUGUUAAAACCGCGAAAACCGUGGCCUCCCCCGGCCGGGGAAUCCUUGCCAUGGACGAGUCAAACGCGACUUGUGGAAAGCGGUUAGACUCAAUCGGGCUAGAGAACACCGAAGCUAACCGCCAAGCUUACCGGACCCUCUUGGUUAGUGCACCAGGUCUAGGCAACUACAUCUCAGGUGCCAUCCUCUUUGAGGAAACUUUGUACCAAUCCACAACCGAUGGCAAGAAGAUCGUCGAUGUUCUUUUGGAACAAGGAAUUGUCCCCGGUAUCAAGGUUGACAAGGGUCUAGUCCCAUUGGCAUUUUCAAAUGAUGAGUCAUGGUGCCAAGGUCUUGAUGGACUUGCGUCUCGUUCGGCUGCUUACUACCAACAGGGUGCCCGUUUCGCCAAAUGGCGCACUGUUGUGAGCAUUCCCAAUGGUCCAUCAGCACUUGCAGUGAAGGAAGCAGCUUGGGGUUUGGCCCGUUAUGCUGCUAUUUCUCAGGACAACGGGCUGGUCCCAAUUGUCGAGCCCGAGAUAUUGCUUGAUGGAGAGCACGGAAUUGACAGGACCUUUGAGGUUGCACAAAAGGUGUGGGCUGAAGUGUUCUUUUACUUAGCCGAAAACAACGUGAUGUUUGAAGGCAUCCUCUUGAAACCAAGCAUGGUUACACCUGGUGCCGACUGCAAAGAACGGGCCACACCCGAACAAGUUGCUUCUUACACUCUCAGCCUUCUUCAUAGAAGAAUCCCGCCUGCGGUUCCUGGAAUCAUGUUUUUGUCGGGUGGACAAUCCGAGGUGGAGGCUACACUCAACUUGAAUGCAAUGAACCAAAGCCCGAACCCAUGGCACGUGUCGUUUUCAUACGCACGGGCCCUUCAGAACACUUGUUUGAAGACAUGGGGAGGAAGGCCCGAGAAUGUGAAGGCGGCUCAAGAUGCUUUGCUGCAGAGGGCUAGUGCCAACUCACUGGCUCAGCUCGGGAAAUACACCGGUGAGGGUGAAUCCGAGGAGGCGAAAAAGGGCAUGUUUGUUAAGGGCUAUGUCUACUAAGUUAAAACAACAUAUACUAUGAAUUUGUGUUGAUGUCUUUAGCCCAUGGAGACUGCUACUUUUGUUCAUAGCAUAUCUACUUGACUACUUCUAGCAAUCCUAUAAGUUUUUGUGCUACUAUUCAUGAUAUACACAUGUCUUUAUUUGAACAUGGCCCAAUAGUUAUGGAUUGGGCUUUGGGACUUUAA